AAAAGUGAGCUUGCUGUAUAGACUUCUUUAAACGUUCAAGCACCUUUCAAAUCAGCUGGUUGGUAUUAUUAAACUUAGAGUUUAAAAGAUAGAGGUAAGUGGAAAACCAUUGCUUUGUGUUAUGCAAUUUAGGAAACAAAACAAGCAAUCAACUUUACAACUUACAGGCACUCGUACAACUUAUUACUGAAUACUACUUGAACAGUCUUUAUAAUUUUAGCUCCACUUCGAAAACUUCGAAAUAAAACUAACUACUACAUUGCAAUUCCCCAAAAAGACACCGAACCGGCGAAUCUACAAGUGAAACUGUUUGAAAUUGUCACGGAAGAUUGAAGGUGAUAUAAGACCUGUCGCUUAGAAUGCUCAGUUUGAAUAGCAUUAGCCUGUCGCAAUACUGUAGCUUCGUUCAAAUAUUCGGGAGUUGGCUUUCACGCGUUCAACUCAAGUCGAUCAGAUAAAUAGGAACAUAGCUUGUAGUAGUACUUUGUGCAGUUGAUUUGUUAAAGCAACUUGCAAUUGAUACGAAGCUAAUUCUAGGCGUUGCUCCUGAAUAUCUUCCAGAUAGGGUCUUUCAGAGGAUGAAAGAAGUCGGCUUUUUGCUGUUGCUUUCCUUGGUGUAUCAGCCAAAAGGCGUAAGUUGUAACUUAAUUCCUUUUUAUGAGCCAUUCCUGUUAAAGAAAAACUUUACGGAAGAUUCUGCCUUAAUCCGCCAAACAGAAGUGCAUUCAUUGGCUCUUUUAUAAUGUAGUGUUAGAGACCGGUCAUUAUUUAUAGCUUGGGGGCGGGCAGAGGAUUUUAGGGGGGAUCACUUGAUUUUUGGGAGUCCCAAAGAGGGGAUCAGUCAUAACUAAGAACCCAGAAGGGCGGGGGGGGGGGCGCUGAGAAAUUUGGAAGGAUUCAGAGGGGGGGACCACUCAAAUUUGCUCGGAAAAUGAGGAGAUGAGGGGGGGAUCGCGAAAGUCAUCAAAAGUUAUUAGGGGGUAUCACUUCGGUGAACUUAACAUUCAAAGGGGGGAUCGGCUAAAUUUCACCUUGUUUAGCCCCAAAUCCUCCGACCCCCCCCCCCCCCCCCCCCCGCGAUAAAUAAUGACCGGUCCCUUAAACUUGUUUGAUAAUUUAAGUGUCCAAAAACUCCAAUUUAUAAACCGCUUUCCUCCCCUCGCGUUGCACCUGUUUCAGUUCCAAUUACACUCUUUUUUUUUAUAAGAAUGUUGUUUUUCCGGCCCAGGCUGAAUAUUCUUAUUUUUCUGCCGAUUUUAGGCUGAAAAUAUUUUUGUAUUAUUGUUAAAAAUUAUAGCUUAUGACAUUUCCGUUUUAGAAUUUAUUGGGGUAUAUGUAUAUGUAUCACAUGUACCGUUCAUCGAACGGUCAUUAGCGUUGAACAUUUUGCUAUAGCUAGUGCAGGUUUUUUCGUUUUGUUGGCUAGUUUCGCCGUUCAGAGAAAGGAAUAAUUUUAUAUGGUUAAGUUAAAAACAUAAAAUUGUACUGUAUUUACAGAUGUUUCAACACACAAAAUUAUAUCUAUCCUUUUCAAAAUCUCAGCCUCGGCUUUAUUCUUAAAAUAUUCUUAAAAUUUCGCAAAUUUCAGCCUCGACAUUCUUAUAAAAUAUAUUCUUAUAUAAAAACAAGAGUGUAUUUUUUUCCGCCGUAGAUCGACUGAUCCAUUUAUCCUCAACCCCUUUUAUGAUAAAAUAACGACUGAAUGUACUGAUUUUAACGUGUUUUUGCUUAAAAAGGUAAACGAGAACACUGGCACAAUUUCAAAUACACUGAAGUACAGAAUGCCAGAAAAUUCUUUAACUGGCUCCAUAACAAAAUAAAAAAACUCCCAAAACUCAGAGAGCUUACAACUGCACAAUUACAGACUAGGAGAACAAGUAAAGUCAGCAGCACUCGCAGAUUUCCCUGUCCAAGUAAAAGUUUCAUUAUUACGAAAAAGGCAGCGCACCAGCUGCUUCUAACAGAUUUCUCUACUUUCUUAGUGACUGUCCAAUUACAAUUUUAUUAUUCUAAAAAAGGCAACUGCCUGCUUCCAACUUUGCGCAGGUUGAAAGUUGCAGCGAACCUUAGAUUUUUAAAACUUGAAGGUUAACUGAAUAGUUCUCUGCAAACUCGUUUGUUCUAGUUUGUCGCAGAAGGAGAAGUGGUCUCGUUUCAAACUGGAAAGUUUAACAUAUCAGAAAGUUUUCAAGACUGGAGCUGCAGCAGCGCAUGUUCACCACCUCAAUACUGUCUUUUACCACGCUGCACAAAAAUUCCAUUCUCUGAAACAUUUAGCGGAUCAGAAAAGGUCAGUUAACUUUUUUUAACUAGAUGCUAUAAAAUACAACAAGAAAGACAUAAGUGUUAAACGUGAUAUGUCAAUGAUGACCAUAACAUUACAACAUUAAAAGGAGCGGGUAAAGUAUGAAUCGCUUCCUAAAUUUAGUUAAUUACGCAAACAAAAGCACCCUCCAUCUUUUGCAUAUUGUAUGAUUAUUAUUAAUUGAAACUUUCUUUUGAGGUUCGUGUGCACAUAUCGCUGAGUCAUGGAAGGAAUUUUUCACGUGUUCAUUCACCUGCUGCCUUGUGGGUUCAAUCUGUCAGUACACGUGGUUUUGAGGUAUGCGCACGUGAGGCUGGUGCUGGAUCAAAUGGAACUGGGAUCAUAAACUGGAUGGCUUUCCAAGAUCAACCACAAGUUACAUCUGGCAGCAUAGCGUUUGGUGGAAUGUGGACAACGGAAACCAAGUGCGACAAAGUGAUGUUUAAAAAGGUUAGUGUUAGAAGCAAAUAGAAAAGCGCGGAAAAUAUAUAUUACCUUUUGCACUCUUACUAUGCACUACUAGGUCAUCUAUGUUGUAAUUUUUUCAGCUUUCUUUUAGGUCCAUACGUUGUCAAUCCAAUUGAGACUGUGUCCCCGGGACUGUGUCUCAGUUCAACAUCUGUAACGUUCAAGGGUCAAUAGUUUUUGCCUUUUAUCUUACGCCUGUGUGGAUCUAUUCAUUCCUCAGUAUAUGUGUUCAUGAUUCAUUGUAUCGAGUACGCGAAACCGAUUUCUCAAAUUCAAGAAAGUUUAAACGAUUUUCCUGUGAUUUUCCUUUUUAAUAUACUGACAAAGAUUAUGAAAAUUCCAGAGCUUUGCUGCGAGGCCCUUUGUUUUUGUCUCGGCGAAGUACACUCGAGCUACAAAACCCAGUGACGCAGUGUAUGUUUGGUUAGAGAACGUCAGUUCUAGAAGCUUUGAGGUGUGCAUCAAGGAAUUCUUACCAUUUGAUGGAAAACACCAAGAUACAGUGGUGGUGGGUAUGCCUUUUUGCUUUUUAAUUGUUCAAAAGCUAGGCUAGCUAGAUUUGGGGAAAAGUAAGAGUGCAUGACUAUCAUUGUUGUCAUCAUUAGCACAUUAUUCAUCAUCAUCAUCAUUAUCAUCAUCAUCAUCAUUAUCAUCAUAAUCAUCAUCACGAUUAUAAGUAUCGGCAAUAUCAUUGGCAUCGUCAGAAUAGACAUCGUCAUCAUCACCAGCAGCAUCAGCAUCAGCAUCAUCAUUAACGCCUCUCCAGUUCUGUGGUGUUUUUCUGGGUCUUUCAAAGCCAUUUCUCAGCAGCUUCCUGCAGAUUAGAGAUACAACACUUUCCGAAGAUGUGAACGGUACCAAUGAUGGCUGACAACUAUGCACUUCCAAAAAUGCAAGGCAGACGUAAUCUCCCACACCAGUCAUUUGCAUUCUUCGAGAUAGUUCCAAGUGCACUAAUCACGAUGGGUAUUACUGCCACUAAACUCUUUGGAUUGUUUUAAUUUUGAAUCCUAGGUUUUAAUACCUUUACACCUUCUUCUCUUCUGUAAUAAAGAUAUUUUGGUCCUUUAGCACAGUUAUGUAGAUAAGAGUCCACUCCUGUCUGCCUUUGUGCACCACAGUAAUAUCUGGUCGAGUCUACUUCAGCCGCUUGUCCUUAAAGAUAGUCAUAUCCCAAGUUAUCCUCACUUCUUCAUUCCUAUUUUUUCUCUGGGCAAACUUCCUUCAUGCACUGACAAUAUGCCAUAUAUACUGUUUCAGUGGAGUCACCACAAAAUCUGCAUAUUGUUGUCUUAGAGGUCUUAUCAUAUGUAUACUGUGCUUGACAAAAUUUGCUCCUAAAGCUUGUUCUUAAGCGGCGAGGAUCAGUUCUGUUCCCUUUUUUAUAAAAUCAUUCCUGAACCAUCUCCAGAACUCCUCUCCAGCCACCUGAAGUUUGCCGAGCAAACUCUCCAUGUAGGGCUUUUUCAUUCUGGUUCUUGACUUUCUCGUCUUUCUUCCGGUAGUCCUGGGGGUUCUUUUCUUCAACAAGCACCUUCUCUUUUAAAGCCAUUUGCACCAUCCUCUCUGUGCUCUCUUUCGGGUAGCCAUACAAGAAUUUGCACUCACUCUGUACAACUCCUCAAUGCUAAUGAACCCUCUCCCUCUUCCUCCCUCUAUGGAUAGAUACAGUCUGGCGACAUUUUUUAUGGUGUGUAAACAGCCAUUCAGUGGCAACAUAACUACUAUAAACAGCGAGGGUGACAAGGAAUAACUUGAAAGUGUCCUCUCUGGUGUCGACCUGCCCAAGCUCCGCACCAUCUGAUGUCAACAGUGUCUUCAAGUUCACCAUGCUGUUACUGAGAGAUCGCGUCUUGUCUCUUGUCUUGUUUCUGCUCAGUAAAUUCUGUUAACUCAAUGUGGUGUUAAGAGUUUUCCAUGUAAAAGUCUAGCAUCCUUUUUCUUUAGCCACCGCCACCUUAAACUCUUCUGGAGUCGUUCAGCAGUAACAGGAUGACCACCGGGCCUGCGUUGUUGAUCCACAGGACACGUGCCUGACUCGACACCUCCUUCGCUGAUCACCCCAGUUCUGUUAACGUCGUCAGGGUAAAAUUGGAUAUUCUCUCAUUAAAUGAGAUUGUGUUUUAAGGUUUCCACUAACCAAUAGUUUAUCGUGCCACCAUCACUAGACGGAUUGCUAACCAAAGCUCAGAGAGAUCAAUCUACAAGAUAGUCUAUACCGUACUAGACACCAACCUGGUGUUUUCUGGUAUAGAGGGACCAACGUCCAUUUACAAUAUCCUCGUGGUUUCGGAACCUCAACGAUGGUGGCAUACGGGUUGUUGGCUUAUUGUUAUUGAACACAUACAAACUACAAUGUGUUUUGCCCAGCCGAGACACACUGAAUGGAAAUAAGCUUGCACGUUAUACAUGUAUCUUACUAUUUGAUUUAUAAGAACUGGGAUUUUUUUUCCAUAAACUGUUAAACGGAAAUAGCAGUGUCUCGACGUUUAUGUUUUUAAAAUUGUAUGCUUUCAGGACUGGUUCGCGUUUGCUGGGAAUGGUUCUAAUUUCAAUUUGACCAUGACAGGAGAAGUAACCUUUCCAAAUCUUGGCACACCGACGUCAUAUGACAACUUUGGAUUCUGUCAAGUACCUUAAUUCUAAUUUAAUACUUACAGUUUGUCGGCUCCAUAUUAUGAUUUUGACAGUAGCUAUUUGUCAUUAGGUAAAAGCUGAACACCUGAUGAAAGAAAUCCUCACUCGACAUCAAUCCUUUCACCGCGUAUGCUAAAGUGAACAACAUAGUGUUAUGAAGCUAUUCUAACCUUGGAAUCUAUAAUCAAAAUACUGCAGUAUUAAACCUCUUUGACAGCCUUUUAAAAAUGAUAGACUAUGUUUUUUUAAUACAGCAUUUUACUAAAAAAAAGGAGGAGAUGUUGCGAAAUUUUUCCUUCUUUUUACUUUUGACAGAGAAUGAGUUAAGAGUUUCAGUCUUGAUCCGAAAAUAGCUCAUACCAUUUUCUGACUUAACCUCAAUUUAGGAAUCAGAUUUGCGCUGUCCUAGCAGUUUUAUCAAAUGAAGAAGUAGUACGUAAUGAACUGUUAUACCCUUAUUCACUGUUUUCACAGAAUAUUCAUUACAACACCACCUUCUACGCGUCACCUGUGGUUCUGGUUUCAGUUCAUCACUACUACAACCGCAACAUGAAAAACGUCAUUUUACCAGAAAAUAAUAUUGUCACGGCAUGGGUGGAGGUACGUUACUUUUCUACAGAUGUUCUUAAAAUAAUUCUCUGGUUUAAAGGUGAAGUAUCUCAUCGCAAAGAGUUUCAUUCUUUUCCAGGAAGUUGGCCUAAAAUCGAUGAGGAUUUGUGUCAGAGACUUGAGUGGAACAGGACGGAAACAUGACCCUCUUUCUGUUAGUUAUAUUGUAACCGGAGGUAAGUAAUGCACAAUAACAAAUUCUAUGACGAGCUUGAAUGGUCAUUUUACCAGAUUCAUGAAAGAAGAAAGGAAAUGUAGGCAUGGAUUUUAUCUGCAAAAUGUUGGACUAAACUUACUAUCCUAAAUCAAAAGUCUACACUUAAGCAGUUUUAUUAAUUAUUGUUUUAUUAAUUCUCCCAAUUGGGAUUUUCAGAAUUAAUUUACAAGAACUCGUCAGGCUAAGUAACGUUCGAAAUUACUAAACAUUACAUAUAUGAACGAAAUCAACUACGAGAUAAAGAUAACCGACAGAAGUUGACGAAGGAAAAGGACAAGGCUUUGGCAGGAUUGCAACAUCACGAGUCAGAAGAUGUUGAAAAAAACUGAAAUUCUUUAAAAGCAAUUACAUAUGACACUGCUGUUAAUGUCUUUGGUAAACCCAAUCGCAAACACCAGGAUUGGUUCGAAGGCAGUAACAAGAAGCUGAAGACCUUGUUAGAGAAAAGAACUAAUGCAAGGGUGAAAUAGCUAGAUCAAGCAGGGCAAAACUGAGCGGUAGUCGACGGAAUGUACAGCUGUACACCAGAGAAAUGAAGUCUCAAUAGUGGGAAGCAGAGGCUGAAAAAUUGCAGCAGGCAGCAGAAAAAAACGAUAUGAAAGUCUUUUACAAUUGGCUGAAAGAAGUGUAUGGACCACUGUAGAUUGGUACAACACAGCUUACUGCCCUUGAUGGUGAGACAGUAAAACAUGAAAAACCUGAGAUUCUCGAUGGGUUUGCAAAUCACUUUGACCAGCUACUCAACAUAUCAAAAGAGGUUGAUCGCUCUGCCUUGGACACUAUUGCACAGUGGCCAAACAUCUCAUUCCUUGAUGAAAAAAAUGCAAGAAACUGUUGGAUGCCAUCAAUGCAACAAAGGAGGUUGGCGCAACACCACUCUGCGAUAUGUUGGAUAUCCUCAGCAACUUGGCGUAGACGUGAAUCAAUGUCCUUUGUCGCAAAGGAAAAAUAUAUCUUUGUGUUAUAAACGUACGAUUCGAUGUUACUUAACUUGAGGACUUCAGGUAGAUCGUUCGAGUACAGCUAAAAAGCGUUGGGCGGAGAAUUGGGCCCUGAGGUACGCCAUGUAUUAUAGUAAGUGGUUAAAUCACGUAAGAUAGAGUUCUUUUUUUGUUUUUCAGACCUGAAUCCUUGUCUUAAUGUCAACUGCCCAUCUUUCGGGGUCUGCAAGACAUACAGUGCUCAUGAAGCACGCUGCGUGUGUUUUGACGACUGCCCCACCUAUCAGGACCCAGUAUGCACUGCCAACGGAACAACUUACGACAACAAAUGCUGGCACGAGUUGAGCUACUGCAGGGGACUGGACAAUAACCUUGUUUACCACCCUGGGAGCUGUGAAGGUUGGUAAGAGAGACCCCCUAACACAGUCCUCUAAGUAAGGAAAAUGAAUUGGUGCAUGAGACAAAACGCUGUUGUCCAGUUUUGGAGUAGGCGGCGAUAAUUAAUUUUCAUAGCGCAUUCUUAAAACUUAUAACUUCAAAGGGAUGAGUUUCGAUCUAAUUUGCGUUUGUGCUCUUUUCAAAAGGUUUCCCAGUUGUUUGUUAGUCGCAGCAAUGAAACUGAUCGAAUUGAUGUAUAAAACAAAACGCUGUCGUCCAGGCUUAGCUAAUUUUCACAGCGAAUUCUUCAUUCAAUUCAAUUCUUCAUUUUUUAACUUAUUUACACUAUAUAGGACACUUACACACUAUUAUAUUCUAAAUAAAAAAAAAUAAUAAUGAAUAAUCCAUGUUCAGGCUGAGAAGUGGUAAUGAACUUAUAUGUGUAGUUUUCAAAGAAGCAAGAGCUUUCUAGUUGGUAGUCUCCUUCGCAGGUGCUCAAGCCGGAGUCAUGCAAUCUUCCUGUCUACACUUGGGGACGGGGAGCUUGAGUGGCUUCGGCCGGAGCGGCUGCGGCGAGCCGCUAUCUAGUUGGGCAACUCCACGAUCAAAUAAAUGGCAACAAAGCAAAAAAAAAUUAAAUCAGAGAUGAAGCAAGUAAAGCAGCAGUAAUCAUGUUUGAUUGAUCAAGAGAUAGUGUUUCCAUUCUUUGUUAAACUUGUUAUAGGGUAAACAGUUGAGACUAAGUAACUGUAACUAUGAGAGGAUGGCUUUUAGUCUAACUUACGUUAAAUACUCUUUUCGAAAGGUUUCCCUGUCGUUCGUGGCCGCGUGGACCUUCAUCGAAUCCCAAAAUGGACCGAUUCCAUCUGCCAGAUAGUGGAUCUCCCGCCCUAUCGCUUCUACCCGGAUAAGAAAGUUCAUGUCCAAGUUACUGUCAACCAUAUGAAAUUAAAUGACUCUGUUUCAGUCCACGAUGCUGUCACGUCAUGGACUGAAAGUGUCAACACUCAAAAUUUCACAGUUUGCGUCAUGCAGACAGGAAGGAACAGCGGAGAAAACCUUAAACCCUUCGCGACAGUUGACUGGUUGGCUUACCAAGGAGCACCAUCCAAUGGAAUAACGGGAACUAUUAAAAUGCAAAACUGGUGGUCUGGAACAAAAUGUGAACAUGUAGCUUUUCCCAAGGUACAGGAAACGUCAAAAUGAGCCUGUGAUGACAGAGAAUGUUUAACGAUUGUGUUCCAUCGUUAAUAGGAUGAUGGCGUAGGUAGGUCUUUUUGUGUACAAUUUCCCUACUCUAAAUUUUUAAUCUGUACUUUCUUAAAUCUUUACAGAAUAAGUUCAAGGAGACACCUAUAGUUCUCGUGACCGCGGAACAUUUGAGGACUGGAAAGGAAUAUGAUGCAUCCCUUAUAUGGACAGAAGAUCCAAAUAAAGACUCAUUUAAAGUCUGUCUUCGUGAAAUGCAAAACUUUGAUGGAAAACAUGAAGACAUUACCGUGGUAUGUACUCUUAUUAAAUGUCUCAAAAACCAUAUUGUUGUUAAAAGUAAAGUAUAAUGUUGGUGUCCGGCGCCGGAUAAAAACCGCAGGCAAAACCGAAAGGUUUCAGUGCUCUUAUAAUGUGACAUGCAUAGAAUGGCAUUAAUGAAUAUAAGCAAAGAAGAGGAAAGUUUUGAUUUUGAUUUUGAUGCUCUUUAAUUAUUUUAUUUCAGAGUUGGCUGGUAUUUGAUGAGCUGAGCAAACCGUUCUUCACUGAAAGUGAUUCUGUCGGGUUUUUAAACAAAAAGCCACCAAAAGACAAAGAUAACAACGCUUAUUGCCAGGCGAGUGAAAGGAGAAAAACACCGAUGAGAUACAAAAAAGAAAUAGAAAUACACCGCGUCUUAUGCUACACUAAUAAAAGAAAAGAAAGUCUGAACAAUUAAAUAAAAAAAAAAAAAUUGAAGACAGACCUGCGCGCACUUGAAAUACUUUUUCUGUCGCAACUAUUUCUAACAGUACAGGACCAUUCCCAGGUUAUAAGCACAAUAGUGAAUGCCAGGAAUAGAAAAUAUAACAAGAACUGUCAAGAAUUCUAAUGAUUUGUUUUUAAUGGCAGUUUGUGAAGUUUGAAAGAUCCUACAACACAACACCCUCAGUGAUACUUACAGCCAAUCAUAACAGCACGGCUCCUGGAAACUCCGUACCAGUGCGCAAUGGGAUUGCAACGUGGAUCGAGGUAAUAAAAGACAAAAUAGGAUCUUGGGAUGUGUCUCGAUCAUCUCCUAGGAAAAUAUCAAUCCCCGUCAUAGUUUUUUAAGGUAACUAGACUCUCCGAUAGGCGACUUUACUGGGCUGCCCGGCAUAAAACCUGUGUUGCAUGAAAACGAGACGUUUUCUAGAACAGACAGUCAACAGCUUAUAAUGAAGGAAUGAACCAUUAAACCUAAGUAUCCCGAUCGAUCCACCGGCUUCAUUGAUCCGACUGCGCCUAGACUAUAAAUAGAUGAUAAUCUUAUUUUAAAAUUAUGGUCGACACGAAAACGCAUUUUGCCACAAGAUAAAAAUGUUAUGUUUCAAGAUUUUUUCCUUUCAUUUCUUGGUAUUUCUCUCCAAUUUUAAGGAAUUAGCUGUUUUCGUUUUCCGACCUCACAAAAUUUAAAGAUUUGAUUACUCAGACGACGUCGAUUUCAUCGGAAAGAACUUUAAAAAAUAUGCAAACAGAUCAACCGAAGAUUUUCACAAUUUUUUGAUACCGUAAUAUGAGUUGAAGAUCCGCUAUUUUUCUCAGCCGUAACUAACGUAUUUUCAUGGAAGGCAAUUAUUCUAUUGUUCACUUCUCCGAACCGUAAGCGAAACGCUUUUCACAGCUAAAUCCGCGGUUUGCUAAAGACUGAACUAAACGCACCUUGAAGUUCAGUAGCUCGUGACUUUGUUUAAAUCUGGGUCAUAAUGCGAUUACACGAACUUAAAUUGUUUUGUGUUCAAGCGAUUUAUCUCGAUGAAAAAUGAUUGACCUUUACAUUAAUUGAAACCAUAUGGUUCAUUCAUAUAAUAUUGCACUUCUCCGUCACAUUUACAGCACGUAUUCAAAACACCUUCAGUAUACAGGUCUUGCACAUGUGGGCACAUGUGUAAGUCAAGUUUUUGCCAUGUGAAGUUUCGAGUGAAAUCACUUAAAUUUUCGAUGGCUUUAGUUUACAACUUCAUCAAAAGGUAUGAAUGGCGAUAAACUUAAAGCGAGUGGUGAACUUUCAAAGUUUAUCGCAACUCUAAUCAAUCGUACUUGUUGAAGGGGAGCAGGAAAACACAGAACUUGCGAAAGAUUAGCAUAACAAGGUCAUGCACUGAAAGCUAUAGGAAGCAAAGUCACCAAACCCUGCACUAUUGAGUGACUUGCCUUGCUCUUAAACGCUUUUCUUUUUCUCUUCACUGCCAAUUUGCUCUCUCGCCAAACUGAAAAAGCAAGCUUCGCAGGCUAUUGAACUUGUCUGCGAAGUUCUCGAAGUGUAAAUUCCGUCGUCCGAGUCUUCUUUACCCUUAUGCAAAAUUUAGGCGUGUGUUGCGUUAAACAGAACGAAGUAUAGCGAUGAAAAGGCAAGUUGCGAUACUGCACUGAAACGGGAAAACAUGCUUUGUCCAAACACGCAACGCCUUCUGGGUUAAACUUGGUGAACAAUUAACAGUGCCCGUAUUUAAAAGACCGAAGGAAACCGAAUUUAUAACCGGGCGUGCCCUGCAGCUCAGUAAAAAGCAAAACUCUACUGAAAGGGUGUCUGCCAUGGCAAGAAUUCGCGCUCGUUAUUUACCUUAGAUAAUGCUAAGCAGCAUAGCUCUUAUAUCAGUGACAUCAUUCCUUUCAAAUCGAAUCACAGGCAGGAAGUUUACGAAACGGGAAAUCUAAGAUUGUGCGGUGACCUCUCUCCUAAGCAGGGUCUCCCCCUGGGAUUGGGACGAUAAAAAGAGGGAAAAGGCGGCUUCCCAUCGUCCCCAGUGCGUUUCUUUUUCUUCCUAGCCCCAACCUCCUUACGACAUAAAAGGAGCCUAUGUGGAGGAGGAGGUGCACGGGACCACUUACUUUUUCCUCUAGUUGACGAAAUGAUGACAUUGUUCUUUUAUUAAAGUUGAGUCUAUCUUUAUAAAGUGUGUGCUUGUUUUUAAGUUACCAGUAGGAAGGUUGUUAGACAGCUAUCGCCUUUAAAGAGGAGUCUUUUGCAACAGUCAAAUGCGCUUCUGCUUGCUACGUAUGCGUAAAGCAACCCUAAACUAAGCAAUAUUUCAACAAGUUUUGAUGAUCGCAGUUAGCUAGCUAUAAUCCUUAUUUGCAGAACAUGAACGCAACAGGGUUCAGGGUGUGUCUGAAGGAAUUGUACGAAACCAGAUACGAUCCCGUGUCAGUGAAUUAUGCAGUACUAGCAGGUCAGUUAACAAGAAAAGUACGUUAUGGUAUGACUUAGUCGGUACAGUUCACUCAGGGCAACCUAUCACGUUUUGAUUAGUGGCAGUCAUACUUCACGUGUGCAGAUGUCACGUAAAAUCGUUGCUCAGCUUUUUUUUUUAUAUAAGAUAGCAUUUUCCCAUAAUGACAUUCUCUUACUUCGCAUACAUUUGCCACGUAUCACUCCUCGUCUUUGCUGUCAGUAGAUUGACGUCUUCAAUAAGUAACAUACAUGAACUUUGGGCUUUAGCCAAUAACCAUAACCUAAAAGCCAGAUCUUAAAAUUUACGUCCCCACAGAUAUUUGUGAUCCUGGAUGGAGCUAUUUCAAUGGAUUCUGCUAUUUGACGAGUACCAAAUGUGUCAACUGGACAACAGCUCUUACCAAAUGUCGUCAGGAAAACUCGGUUCUCGUUGAUGUGACCAACGAUGAGGAAAAUGUAUAUAUUCAACAUAGCCACAACGGACAAAAUUCCUGGCUUGGCUUAAAUGACGUCUCCAUGGAGGGUAACUUCUCUUGGGCAGAUCGCGGUGAGGGAAACUUUACAGCUUGGGCGAAGAAUCAGCCCAAUAACUUUAAUGAAGAAGACUGCGUACAUGCACUGGGUUUGAAAUACGACUAUGAAUGGAAUGAUGUGAAAUGUAGUGAUUGUCAUCAGUACACUUGCAAGAAAGGUAGGAUGCUAAAAUCGUUUAUAUUCAUUUUGGCGUUUGAGGUGUGUUUCAGUAACAGUCACGGAUUUAUCUAUUCUGUGCAUGGCGAUAGCAUGUGAUCCCACUUUCAGGCAUGAAUGCAGACAAAGACCACCUUCAAAGGCCUUUCACAGAGUAAACGAUGUUUUCAAAAUUCAGCUAUGGAUAAAGAAAACGCUUUCUGCGUGGUUAACAUGUAGCACUAAGGCAACUAAAUAUACCGAAAAACACUUAAAACAACAAAAAAAAUCUACAUUUACUAAAACAGUAGUCCUGGCUUUUAUAUCAGUGUGGUAUUGAAUAUUUAGAUGUAUAUUUUAAAAUUAGAUUUCAGUGAAUGUGACAGUAAGACGUACAACUGUCAUCAACUUGCUACAUGUGUCAAUGAACGCGGGUCCUAUUCAUGCAAGUGCAAGACUGGGUACGUUGGAAAUGGACAUAGCUGUCGCCAUCAAACCCCACCGAGAUCCUGCUCUGAAAUCCGGAAAUCUGUUAGCAGUAGCGGAAACUAUGUGAUUGAUCCUGAUGGCUUGGAAAGACUGGCACCAUUUACUGUGUAUUGUGACAUGACUGACAAGAAUGGUGUUGGCGUGACAGUCAUUAGUCACGACAGUGAGAGCAGAACAAAGGUAACAGACAAUAAGUACACACGUGACAUUCAUUACACAAGAGCGAGUCUGUCUCAGCUGGCCAGUCUCACCAGUGUCUCCUCACACUGUGAACAAUUCAUCAAGUACGAGUGUUAUCAUUCUGUAAUGUUCAGGUGGGGAGUGGCCUGGUGGGUAUCACGUGAUUCUGCUAAGAUGACGUACUGGGGUGGAGCAUCUCCAGGUAGUGGUAAGUGCGCAUGUGGGAUGAAAAACGCCUGUGCAAACUCCAAGUAUGGCUGUAACUGUGACAAAAAUGAUUCAGUGUGGCGCGAAGACAGCGGUCUCCUGACUGACAAGACGAAGCUUCCUGUAAAGCAGCUCAAGUUUGGAGAUGUUGGCGGAAGCGUCGAGAUGGGCUACCACACUCUGGGGAAAUUUAAGUGCUAUGGCACACCAUAAGAGGCAUACUUUUUGAAAUUAAGGCACACCUAUCACAGAAUUAAUCAGUCAGAGGUAUGCAUGUAAAUGCAAUAUUUAGGAUCCUGAAGCAGAAUAUAAGGGUCAUAAAUAUGCAGAACUGAAGUAACAGAUCGCGAUUGCCUCAUGUCAGGUAAUUGGGAUUCCUGAACCCGACUGAGAAAUCUUUGUAUGUGGAAUCCCUCAUCCGAGAUAUUAUUUUACUGUGGAAUCUAGAAUCCUGGGCUUUAAAAUUCGGAAUCCAACUUAAGAAAUCCGAAAUUCUGCUAAUAUUUGGAAUCCGGAAUCCACAGCGGGGAAUCUAAAAUCCUAGUUUUGGAUUACCUUACGUGAGGUGAAAUUGAGCUUUCUAAACUAAUGAUUAAAUGAUAGCAUUAAAACGGGUAUUUGCGACUCAGACUCUGUUUCUUUUUUAAACAAGG